AUGCAAUUAUAUCAAAUCACUCUAUUAUUAUCACUUUCGAUGCAAACGAUAGGCUAUGCAAUUAAAUGCUUUACGUGUGCUUCCACUGACUAUAAACUUUUAUUUGAACGUUUUACGGUUUUCCGACAUUCCGCAACUAUUCCACGUUUCGGUGAAUUCUGUAAUAGCUUGGAACAAUUAAAAGCAUUUGCGCCAUUAAUCAAAUGCGCUUCAACAUGUGUUUCCAUCAUAGAACCACAAUAUUUCGGAGGUGUACAAUCAAUAAAUACACCUUAUACAUAUAUUCGUGGUUGUGCGGAGAAAAUUUUCAAUUCAAUUCGAAAUCGUCCACCCGAAGUAGACUUCCUUCAUUCCGAAGCAAUUUGUCUUAAACUUCCUUUAUCUCAAAUUUGGCCAUCAAUUGAAGCCGAUGAACAUGUACAAGUUAGUCCAAUUAUUAUUAGUAAAUAUUAG